CCUCCACCUCUUGAGGCCCUCUGACUGUGCAGUGCUUUCUGCAAACAUCAUACCUCACAGAGACUACUGCCUGACCUCAUCUGUGAAUCACCAUUGCAAAUAAGAAGGCUCAGAGCUGAUCCAUAAUAAGACAUUUUACAGCUCUACAGUUGUUUCUGGGAGAAGGUAUAAGGAACUGUCUGUGGAGUCCUGCUGCUGCAGCUUGUCAGUCCAACACAGCACUGUGUACAUUGCCAUGAGAAACAACUUGGGUUGAAGGUCAUUUCUCUCCAUGCAACGCUACUCUCAUUACAUUGCACCAAUGGACCCUCAGGUUUGUCCACCACCUCUCAGUAGCAGCCAGUCAGUGAUUAGUGGCCUUGACAAAUCCCCAGCAAGCACUUUCAGACCUGGCCACUCACGGAGCAGCAGCACAGGUUCUGGCAAGCACUCAAAACAGUCUCGUCACUGGGAGGUAGUGGAUGACUUGCAGCAUGUUGACAGGGGCUUGGUUCCAGGGUCAUCUGGAGAUCUCAGUAUUCCUGGGAUCUGUGAGGGCUACUUGAUGAAAAGGAGAAAAUAUCCGCUCAAAGGCUGGCACAAAAGGUACUUUCUGUUGGAGAAAGGCAUUCUCAAGUACUCAAAGACCCAGCAAGAUAUUCAAAGAGGGAAGCUGCAUGGCUCUCUGGACAUCAGCAUGGCUGUCAUGUCUGUGAAUAAGAAGACCAAACGCAUAGACCUGGAUGCUGGAGACAACCUGUAUCACCUCAAGGCAAAAAGUCACGACAUUUUCUACAUCUGGUUGACCAAGCUGUGUGCCCAUCGUGUGUUCAGAAAAAAUGAGGCCAUGAGUGUCCACCGUGGUGUGCUUCAUGCGCUUUCUUUGGGCCAGAGCACUCUCCCGGCUUUCUCUCAGCAAAGCAGAGCAACAAUUCCUCACUAUGCCAGCUCUGCAUCGGUGUACAAUCCAGAGAUGGCAAGUCCUGCCCCAGCUGUUGCCAGUCAACCAGGUGUGACCAGCAAGGUAUCAGCUUGGCUGCAGCAGACCCACGACAUAGAUGCAACGUCCAAUGAACUGGCUCGUUGUCAGGCAGAUCUGACAGAACUGGCUCAACUUAUCCAGAGACUGAAUUGGCUGGAAGGAGGCUACCCUAUCACUAACACAGACCUGGAGAUGCGAAUCAGCAUGCAGAAUCUCUCCCUGGAAAAACCCAAGAAAAAGAAUGGGCGAAUGCCGGGUCACUCCAGGACUCUGUCUCGUGCUGAGGCCAUGGGGGGAAUGCAGUUCACUUCCAGUCAUCUGAGCACAAAUUCCACUUCUGUUCAGUCCAUCCCAAACUAUGUCUACUCUCAGCUGUCCAAUCCUCAAGUCACCUCACCUGAAGCUAAGAAGCUCCACCAGGAGAUCUGCACUGCUUCUCAGAGAGUUCACAGUUCUCUGAAGUCCAUUCAUGAGGUUUUGACCUUGGAGCGUGAGAGACUGAGGCAAGCCUGGACCGGCCCAGACAUGAGGCAGAACACCUCACAGCAGCUCGCUACCAUCUGUAGCACAUUGUCUGAGCUUGAUAUACAGUCCCAUCUGACCAAAGUCCAUUCGCUUUCCCUGUCCUCUGACUCUUCUGAAGAAUCCUUCUGCACUGUCCGUCCAGACCAGCUCAGGAUCAUGAAGAAAUUUUAUCUGACUGAAGCUAUAAGAUUGUGGGAAACUUUGGUCAAAGGAAGGAAAACAUGGAAUGCUGCUGUUAUUCACAGUUGGGACAGCUGCACCUACAAUUCUUACAGAGCAAGUUGUAGAACGCCUUCCUUAAGUCGUCACAGUAACCGUCCACCUUCAGUGGCAGAUUCUAUGGCAGAGUAUUUUGAUGCCAGCGAGGUAAUAGUGUGCGAGACUUCGUCAGAGGCCGAGGCUUCUGAUGAAUCGGGCCUGAGUGACAUUACCACCACUAGCACAUCAGAGCCUGAAGAAGGACAUUCUGCUGCUACUCUUAACUACAGAGAAAGUUUGAACAGCGCAAGUCACAAGCCACGGCCAGUGCCUCCUGAUACUGGUCGUCGCACUACCCUGCCUGCCCCCUGCGCAGACAACAGCCACAUUGGCAUUAUGACCAUCCUCUACAACAACAUUGGCAAGGAUCUGUCCAGAGUGUCUAUGCCAGUUGCUCUCAAUGAGCCACUCUCACUGCUGCAGAGGCUCAGUGAAGAACUGGAGUACUCUGAGCUGCUGGACAUUGCCAGCAACAUUGAUGAUCCAUAUGAGAGGAUGGUUUAUGUAGCAGCAUUCUCCAUAUCUGGUUAUGCCUGGGCAUCCUGGAGGAAUCGUUACAAACCCUUCAACCCUGUCCUGGGUGAAACGUAUGAGAAUUACAGAGAAGACAAAGGAUUCCAAUACAUUAGUGAACAGGUCAGCCACCAUCCACCCAUCUCUGCUUGCCAUGCAGAGUCAGAAAACUUCACUUUCUGGCAAGAUCAGAGAUGGAAGUACAAGUUUUGGGGCAAGUCUGUGGAGAUCAUCUCUUCUGGACUGGUUAAUGUUACCCUACCCAGGUAUGGUGAUCACUAUGAAUGGAAUAAGGCCGUUACAUGUAUCCACAAUGUCCUGAGUCAGCAACGCUCUUUGGAGCACUAUGGUGAGGUGAUCAUCAGAAACACAAAGAGUGACGUGUGCACCUGCAAGAUUACCUUUGUCAAGUCCCGCUACUGGAGCUCGGACAGCAGUAAGAAUGAGGUGCAGGGUGUGGUUCUGGACCAGGCUGGGUCAGUGAUUCAUCGUUUCGGAGGUCUCUGGCAUGAAGGCAUUUUCUGUGAUACUCUACCUACACCAAAAUGUAUCUGGAAACCCAAUGUACAGCCUGAUGACUAUGCCAAGUUCUAUGGCUUCUCAAGUUAUGCCAGGGAACUUAAUGAACUGACUUCAGAAUUGAAGGCUGGCCUUCCACCUACGGACACACGUUUCAGACCGGACCAGAGGCUCCUGGAGGAGGGAAAAAUAGCAGAAGCAGAUAAAAGGAAGGAUGAGGUGGAGGAGAACCAAAGGGAAAGGAGGAAAGAAAUGGCCAAGAAAGGGGAGGAACACAUCCCCAGGUUCUUCAGAAAAUCGGUGGAUGAAGCUGGCAGAGAGGUGUGGCUGUACAAUGGAACAUACUGGAUGCUCCGCAAAGACCCUGGCUUUGCCAAUACUGAAAAUCUGGAUCUGUGGUAGAACUCUACACCCACCUGAAUAUGACGUCGUCAAUAAAAGUAAUCAGCUAUAACUAUUUGUGAUUAUUAGCCUGGUGAAGAAUAAACAGUAUUGACCCAACAGCAGUGACCAAAGGGCCAAAAUACUGCUACCAGUGGUGCAAGGGUAUAGAGGGAAAGGGCUUUAAGAAGCAUAAAUGAACCUCUCAUUAGUUUCAUUUUGGUUCCAGUGUAGAGAUGAGAUGCUACUAAGGUACAAAUGAAGACUGAUUUAGAUGAAGCCGGAUGUCUUUCCUGCCUUUUUGCCUUUCUCUGCCAUAAAGAAAAUCUGAAAUAUUAUCAUUUAUGUUUAAGAAGCAACGCUUAACUUGAAUUCUAUUUUAAAUUGCCACCAUUUAGGAAAAAAUUGGGUAAAAUGUUUUCUUGAUGUAAAUAGUGGGUGAUUUAUAACAUUUUAUGUCAUGUGUUUGUAAAUUUUAAUAUCAGGCUCAAAGUGUUAAAUGCUUUCUUGUAGAGGGGCUUAUGUGGUAUUUUGCAGGUGAACUGGUGCUGUUCUCAGUGGGUCUUACUGUUUAAACAAAGUCUGUAUGCAUGUUGUGUUGGGUCACAUUGGUGAGUCCAUAUACCAGAAUGAAUAGAGCACCAUUUCAACCCGCAUUCUUCAUUUCUCUCUGUCCUUGAUGAGCUGAAACACCUCUUAGACAUUUAGACUGUGAGUUGAAUCAGUGAAGGGUUUUUAUGUUUCAAUAGUGGAUUUUUAAUAAGGAAAAGAGAUGGCUGUUAAAUCAUUGUGAAUGUUUUCUUUCAGUGGUUUAGUUUCAAAUAAAAGGUUCUAGAUCAACAUUAAA